AUGGGGCUGGGACGCCUACGAACUGUGCGCCCUUCGGCCAGCACGCGGGUUGGUUUGAUUGUUGGGCAAUGGGGCUGGGACGCCUACGAACUGUGCGCCCUUCCGACGACGCGCAGCGAAGCUGACGCUCCGGCUUUGCAGGAGCAAAUGUCAGCGGAGGUGCUUGUGUUUGGAACUCGAGGUGGGACGAAGCGGUCUUGCGCGGGUAGCAUAUGGUGCCUCGAUUGUUACAGAAGGUCGGUUGUGUCCGAGUCUGUGUGGCUUUGUAUUCUCAUGUUUUCCUGA